UUUUGGCCUGUUAAGAUUCAGGUUAUUUGUUAAUUUCUGUUUUAUGCUUUUGAUUUAUUUAUUUUGAGCAAUCUCGAUCAUGUAAUUGUGUGGAAUUUAAGUUUUUGUUGGGCAUAAGUAUCUAGUAUAGUAGUUUGUUAUCAUUCUUAUGCUUGUGGAUGCUCCCAUGUUAAUUUUAUUUUGCUUAAUAUACCUGAAUUGGCCAUGUAUGCUAUUGUUUUGUGAGAGCUUCUAGCAAAAGCAUGGUCCAGGGUCAGUGAUUAAUUGAUGUAAUAUGGCCUGGGUUUGAUUGGUUUACUUACUAGCUAUUGGUUGUGUACUUGUAGAGAUGUGAGAUGUAGUACUAUUACAUUGUGGCCAAUAACCUUAUCAUACAUGAGUAGUUUUUGGCCCAAUAGAUUUAUAUUGAUCCCUUCUCCAAAAAGAGUUGAGAAAGCAAAAAAAAAAAAAAAAAAAAAAAAAAAAAAAAAAACUUAACUGAUUGACAGAAUACUCUCUAACUACAAGUGUUGCAUUUAUAAGAGCUUGCAAUAACUACUACUGGAUGCACAUUUCACUGAUGUUAUAAGAGCUUGGAACUUGAAAUAAUCUAAGAUAAUAAGUCAGUGGUGAGGAAAUAGACUGAAUCAAUACAGCCAUCAGGAAAUCUCUAUCUUAGUAGUUAAGUUAUAAUUGUUAGAGGCAGCGCUAGCAAGGGCGUUUUCUCUUUUCUUGUUAGUACCUAAUAACAAUGAGGUGGAAUAACUGUCUGGUGCAGAUCCUUGUGCUUUGGUACCUCUCCAACUAAUUGAGUGAUAGAUUUGAGGUCUUUACUCCUCCUAUAUCACUGUUGAGUAUUAAAUAUUUGUCUUUUAAAUUAUGUACGCUAUGUUGUGUAGUUAAGAACACAGUGGUCCUGAUCUUUUUUCCAUGCCUCAUCUUACCUUUCUAUGAUUAUCACCCUUUGAUAAUUUCUUUCAUUAUAUUGUUUGGUGCAUGGUUGAUACUUUCCUGACUCUUUUAGCUAUUUUAAGAACGCUGAGCAUAACCAUAUAACCUUCUCAGGACAUAUGGCUCUCAGGAAAUAUAUCCCCAGUGGUAAUGCAACUCCUAUCAAUAUUAAAUCCUUGAGUUUCUCUAAUAAGGAGAUUGGGAAAGCCAAUGAGGCAGAUUUGCAGAGAAGACCCACUGAAGCUGAUGUGGAUAUCGACCUCAGAGAGGUAUAUUUUCUUAUCAUGCAUUUCCUCUCAGCUGGACCAUGCCACAGGACUUAUGGGCAGUUCUGGAAUGAACUGUUGGAGCACCAACUUUUACCUAGAAGAUAUCAUUCAUGGUAUUCACGUAGUGGUCUGCCCAGUGGAAAUGAAAAUGAUGAUGGCAUAUCGUUUCCCCUAAGUUAUAAUAAGUUGGUGGAAAGGCAUCCUCAUGUUGAAAAAGAUCACCUGGUAAAGCUUCUGAAACAGUUACUCCUUGGUGCAGUUGCUCAUACACAAGAUGUCAUUGGUGAAAAUAUAGUGAAUGCUGCUAGUGUUCCUACGCUUCUAGGAACUGGAUCUUUUUCACUUUUGGCCAGUGAUCACAAUGGGAGGGAGAACAAAAGUAGGCAUCCCCCAAGCUACAUGCGCUGGCCUCACAAAUUGACAGGUCAAGUACAUGGAUUAGGUUUAAGGGAAAUUGGUGGUGGUUUUACUAGGCAUCAUCGUGCGCCAUCUAUACGUGCUGCUUGCUAUGCUAUUGCAAAACCGUCCACUAUGGUUCAGAAGAUGCAAAAUCUUAAAAGUGUGAGAGGACAUCGUAAUGCUGUUUAUUGUGCCAUUUUUGAUCGAUCUGGGAGAUAUGUGAUUACUGGUUCCGAUGAUCGUCUUGUUAAAAUUUGGUCAAUGGAAACUGCAUAUUGCUUGGCCAGCUGUCGAGGGCAUGAAGGUGACAUAACUGACCUGGCUGUGAACGUGAACAACACUCUGAUUGCUUCUGCUUCCAACGACUGCAUAAUUCGAGUUUGGCGCCUGCCCGAUGGGUUACCGAUCUCUGUAUUACGAGGUCAUACAGGAGCUGUCACCGCUAUUGCCUUCAGUCCUAGACCAGGCGCUUUCUAUCAGCUUCUGUCGUCCUCUGAUGAUGGAACUUGUCGAAUUUGGGAUGCUAGAUAUUCCAAUACCGCACCACGUACAUAUUCACCAAAGCCUCCUGAGCCUUUAGCUGGGAGAAACAAUGUUCCUACAUCCAGCAUCACUCAACAGACCCACCAGAUUUUCUGUUGUGCAUUUAAUGCUAGCGGAACUGUUUUUGUGACUGGCAGCUCAGACACUCUUGCAAGGGUGUGGAAUGCCUGUAAACCCAGCACUGAUGAUUCAGAGCAACCCAACCAUGAGAUAGACGUCUUAUCUGGUCAUGAGAAUGAUGUAAAUUAUGUACAAUUCAGUGGCUGUGCAGUGGCUGCUCGUUUUUCCUCAUCAGAUACCUCAAAGGAAGAUGCAUUACCAAAAUUUAAAAAUACAUGGUUCAAUCAUGAUAAUAUAGUUACCUGCUCUCGUGAUGGCAGUGCAAUCAUUUGGAUGCCAAGAUCACGGAGAUCACAUGGAAAAGCUGGAAGGUGGAUUAGAGCAUAUCACCUGAAAGUUCCUCCACCUCAAAUUUCCCCUCAAGCGCCCCGAGGAGGUCCACGUCAGAGAGUUCUUCCUACCCCUAGGGGUGUCAAUAUGAUUGCAUGGAGUUUAGAUAAUCGUUUUGUUCUCGCAGCUAUCAUGGAUUGCAGGAUAUGUGUAUGGAAUGCUGUUGAUGGUAGCUUAGUGCAUUCACUGACUGGCCAUACUGAUUCUACUUAUGUACUGGAUGUGCACCCAUUCAAUCCUCGAAUAGCAAUGAGUGCAGGAUAUGAUGGGAAAACAAUAUUAUGGGAUAUAUGGGAAGGUACACCAAUUCGCACAUAUGAAAUUGGCCCAUUCAAGCUAGUUGAUGGAAAGUUUUCAUCAGAUGGGACAUCUAUAAUUCUGUCUGAUGAUGUUGGCCAAUUAUAUAUUUUGAGCACUGGUCAAGGUGAAUCACAGAGAGAUGCUAAAUAUGAUCAGUUCUUUCUAGGGGAUUAUAGACCUCUUAUUCAUGACACACAUGGAAAUGUUCUUGACCAGGAAACACAGCUUGCUCCUUAUCGGAGGAAUAUGCAAGAUCUCCUGUGCGAUUCUGGUAUGAUACCAUAUCCGGAACCUUAUCAGAGUACUUACCAACAACGACGGCUUGGUGCUCUUGGAAUUGAGUGGCGGCCAUCAUCUUUAAGAUUUGCUGUUGGGCCAGAUUUCACUCUGGACCCAGAUUUUCAAAUGCUUCCCAUUGCAGACUUGGAGACAUUAAUAGUUCCACUACCUGAGUUCGUUGAUGCAAUGGAUUGGGAACCACCAGUUGAGAUUCGUAGUGAUGAUAAUGAUUCAGAAUAUAAUAUGGCAGAGGACGACUCAUCUGGAUGGGAGCAAGCAAGUUUAAAUUUGGAUUCUGAUGAGUUAGAAAGCAGCUCUGAGAACAGCGAGGUUGAGGACUUGCUCCGAGAUGACCGUCGUAGAUCCAAGAGAAAGAAGCAGAAGGUAAAGGUGGAGAUUAUGACAUCUUCCGGGAGGCGUGUGAAGAGGAGAAAUUUGGACCAGAGUGAUGAUAGUUCAAUUAGGAACAACCGCACUAGGAAAUCACGGAAUGGAAAAAAAGCUAAACGUAAGAAGUCCUCAUCAAAGUCGAGGCCUCAGAGAGCAGCUGCUAGAAACGCACUUCAUCUGUUCUCUCGAAUAACAGGGGCAUCUGCAGAUGGAGAUAUAAAUGGCUCUGAUCGCAACUCAUCUGAAAGUGAAUCAGCAUUGCAGGACUCAAGCUUUGAAAGUGAAGAAUCAGAUGCAUCCUUGCCAAUUGAGUGGUAUGAAAAUCUCAAGGGGAAAGAAAUAUCCUUGGACCAUGCAGUGAGCACAGAGCAAACUCAUCCCGAAUCUCAUUUGCCUGGAAACAGGAAGAAGUUGAUCCUGAAAUUGCCAAACCGCGACUCAACUAAAUUUGCUUCCCAACAAAACGUUGGGUUGAAUGGGCAAUAUGCUGUAGCAAGCUCAUCAUCGAGAAAUUUUCAGGAAGUCAACAUAAAUAAAUAUUCUGAAGAGGACUGUCACGAUGUUGGUGUUGAUGGUCAUAACGGGAAGAGAAGCCAUAUGGAUCUUCUUAGAGGAUGCAAAGAUGGCUCAAUUACUUGGGUAGGGGCCAGAUCUCGCACCUCUAAGAGGUUGAAGAUUGGAGAAUCUUCAGCAUCAGGUUUAUUUUCGAGAUCUGGUCCAGUUCGGCAUCACGAAAUUCAUACAGAAAAUACUGCUAAUGACCUUUCAACCUUUCCAGAGGACAAUAGUUCACAGCACCCAAAUAUUGGGAUCCAAGGUCAUGAAGGAAGUUUAGAAGAUAAGAAAGAGAUAACUUGUGAGGUUAGUGCACCUGGAAGUCCAGAGAGAGCAGAAAAUGUCGAGGGACGCUUGGCAUUGCAUGAGGUGAACGAUGGCGGGGCUUCCUCAAGUCAGUGUCAUGAGGUCUGCAAUGGCUCAACAGUACCUUCUGUCGCCUGCAUAAAUGAGACUGAGAACGGACUCAAAUUGAAGGAGAAUGGUGUUCAAAUCCCAACAAAGUUGCGAAUUAAGUCUAGUAGUCUUUCAAGAGAUAUUGAUAAUAAGCCUAGUAGUCUUUCAAUGGAUAUUAAUAAUGAUCCCAGAAAAGCAAUUGCAGAAGAUACUGCCAUGCCAUGUGAAAGCAAGGAUGCAGAAAAUAAUUUGGAUUUACCAGUUUCCGGCGAUGACAAAAAAGACAUACCUUACUCUGAAAACAAAGAUCAAUAUGGAGGACUAGGAUCAGAUGGUCUUCUUAUAAAUGGAUCUUCAUCCAAGUCUGAGUUGGAAGACUCUCCAAAAUUGGAUUCAACUAAAAGGAUGUUUACAGCCGUUUAUAGAAGGCAAAAGCCUUCAAGAGGUCGGAGUAAUCCAGAAGGGGACUCUGGUAGUAUGGGACCAAGCACGUCGAAUACUGGAAAUCUUAAUGAGAUUGAGGUUCCUCGAGAAUGUAUUCGUAAGGCCAGGUCUAUCCGGGUGAGAUCAACUGCUCGUGAUCUAGCCUCAUCAGUUGGCAACUUUACAUUUAUGGAACCCCAUGAUAAUUCUGAAGAUACAUCGAAUGAUGUUGCCAAGGCUUCUCCAAGCAGAGGUGAAGAUAACUCCUCGGGAGACUGGAAAUCAUUACCCAGAAACUCCACUAGAUUAAGAUCCACAAGAGGCAAGAGAAGCAGCAAUUAUACUCGUGGCAAUAGUCCUCCAAGGAAAUCAAACCAGACUGGAAGAAGCUCCUGGUUAAUGCUGUCUGCUCAUGAGGAAGGGUCUCGGUAUAUACCUCAACGAGGGGAUGAUGUUGUGUAUUUGCGACAGGGCCAUCAAGAGUACAUACAUCACAUGCACGUGAGGAAUCCGGGCCCUUGGGAAACUAUUAGGCGGAACAUACGAGCUGUGGAAUUUUGUAAGGUUGAGAAACUCGAAUAUGCAACGCUUCCUGGUUCUGGGGAGAGCUGCUGCAGAAUGACCCUGAAAUUUGUAGACCCUACUUCAGAUGUAGAUGGCCAAUCAUUUAAUCUGACUCUACCAGAAAUUUCUGGUUUUCCGGAUUUUCUGGUUGAGAAAAGUAGGUAUGAUGCAUCUAUGGCAAGAAAUUGGACCUCUAGAAGUAAAUGUCAAGUAUGGUGGAAGAAUGAGGGUGAGGAAGAUGGGAGUUGGUGGGAAGGUCGAGUUGUAAGCAUCAAGGCCAAAUCUCCUGAAUUCCCAGACAGUCCAUGGGAAAAGUAUGCUGUAAAGUACAGAAGUGAGCCUGGUGUACAUAACCACAGUCCCUGGGAACUCCACGAUUCCUGUACUGACAUGGAGCAGCCUCAGAUUGACGAGCGUAUAAGAAAAACGCUCAUUAAUGCUUUUAGCAAGCUGGAGAAGUCCGGAUACAAAUCUCAGGAUUAUUAUGGGGUUAACAAGCUGAAGCAAGCUUCUCAAAAGACUAAAUUUAUUAACAGGUUCCCCGUCCCCUUGUCUCUUGAAGUCAUUGAGUCGAGGUUAGAGAACAAUUACUAUAGGAGUUUGGAUGCGUUGAAGCACGAUUUUGAAGUUAUGCUGUCGAAUGCGGAGGCGUAUAGCGGGAAAAAUGUGGAGCUGUCGUCAAAGCUGAGACGGCUGUCGGACUGGUUCCAUAAGAUCCUAGCGGCUUUGUAGUCAUACGGAGCACAGUUUUGUAGAGAAAGUAGUCAGCAUCUCAUAUAAGCUUGUAUAUAAUCUCUCUCACUCUGUAAUAGGGUAUGCAGUUGAGGAAUCUUAUAGAAUUGGAGGGGAAGGAAUACCAAAAUUUACAGACUGACUGCUGCUGGAAAUUGACAGCAGGCGAUUCAUUCUUUCCUGUAUAGUCUCAAAUAUUUAAAGAUCACAGUUAAACAUUUUCUCUAAUUUACUUCAUACUUUUGUCUUCAA